GGCCCCUGCCCUCGCCGCCCCGCACGCUCGGGGAUUACUGGGCGUUUCGAGCCAACAGCAAAACUAGCAAGAUUUCGAAGUGAAAUUCCGGAGGAAAUUUAAAGAGCAUCCGGAUCCGGAGAAAGACAGAAAGAAAGAGGAAGGGAGAAAUAAAUCAAAACGUGGGGAGAACCUCGGGCAGUUGGAGAAAGGACGGCGGAGAAAGAAGCUGACACCCAGGCAGAGAUGGGGGAGCAGCCAAUCUUCAGCACCAGGGCCCAUGUUUUCCAGAUCGACCCUGCCACCAAACGGAACUGGAUCCCUGCCAGCAAGCACGCUUUGACGGUCUCCUAUUUCUACGAUGCCACACGCAAUGUGUACCGGAUCAUCAGCGUGGGGGGCACCAAGGCCAUCAUCAACAGCACUAUCACCCCCAACAUGACCUUCACAAAGACGUCCCAGAAAUUUGGACAAUGGGCAGACAGCCGAGCCAACACAGUGUAUGGGUUGGGCUUUGCUUCGGAGCAACAUCUCUCCCAGUUUGCAGAGAAGUUCCAGGAAGUGAAAGAAGCAGCCCGUUUGGCGAGGGAGAAGUCCCAGGAUAAAACAGAGCUCACCAAUCCUGCCCUGAGUAUCACAUCUCACCAGGUACUUCCCAGCCCCAUCAUCAGCUCCAAUGGGCCAGGAGAAGAUAAACUAUUCCGGAGCCAAAGUGCCGAUGUUGAGAUAACAACGGAGAAGGAGCGGCUGAAGAAGAUGCUUUCAGAAGGUUCGGUGAGUGAGGUCCAGUGGGAGGCUGAAUUCUUCAGCCUCCAGGACAACAACAACAAGCUCGUGGCUGCUCUCCAUGAAGCCAACGCCAACGUGGACCAGUGGAAGAAGCAGCUGGCUGCUUAUCAGGAGGAGACGGAAAUGCUGCGGCAGCGGGUAGCAGAACUGGAGUCGCAGGGUGCUCAUGAUUCCUCCAGCGAGAACAACAAGGAAGAGCUGAGCCAAACCCUGGAGGAGCUGGAACUACUGAUCAAGGCUAAAGAUGAGGAGAUUCAGAUGCUAAAGAGCCAGAAGUGUGGCCGAUGGGAAGCAGAGGGCGAGCGUGAGGAGACGCUGCAGAAGCUGCAGGAGCUGGAGGCAUGCAAUGCAGAACUGGAGCGACGCCUUCACCUUGCUGAGCAGACACUGGCAGAGACCCUGGCUGAGCGGGAGAAGAUUCAGAACGAGGUCACCAAGGUGGCAGAGAUAAUGGAUGUGAAGAUAUUUGAGCUCAGCGAGAUCCGUCAGGGACUAGCCAAGCUGGUAGAGAGCAACUGAGCAGCAGCACGCUCAAAGGAGACACCUCCCGAGGAGGGGAGCCCGAGCUGGGACUGGUCACUGACAGCAAUUACGGUCACAGAACAGCCUCGAGGUCUGUUCGGGCAGGAUACGCCAACAUACCAGCAGCUGCCUGGACAGUGUGGAGACCAGCCACAGCCACUUACUGCCCACUGAACACCCAGACGGAGGGCAGAGAGGACCUGAGCUCCUGAAUCCUCUACAGGGAGCAUCUACAAGUCAUGGCCAGACCUCUCUGGACCCUGCCAUGGCUGUGGCAGGGUCCAGAGACGGCCACUGUCCCCGUGCUGCCUUCCCAGCCUCCCUGCUGCCACACUGUGUCUCCAACGUUUUUACAGUUUUCUAGGGGAAGGGGCUGAGCAGCCUUUGCGGUUUUUCAGUAGUUUUUUAGGAAACCACUUGCCUUUUGCAAAUAAGCUGCCUGUUUCCCCACCUAGGGAGGGAGGAUAAGUUCUAGCACACCAAGGACAACAGUUGCUCCUGUUCCUCUUCCCCAGCCCUAACUACAUCAUGUCUUUCUAACAGGAUCCAGUAACAUUGGUCACUGUCAGGAGCUUCCAGAGGUAGCAGAGUCCCCACUGCAGAGAAGGGUGCUUGCCUGACUGUGUGUCCUUUCCACUGUUCAGUCGUGUCCUCCAGAGGAAAAGGAACUGCAGGUUUUAAAGCUCUUAUUAGUUUAACACAAUGGGAUUUAAUGACAUGUUAAAACUCCUUUAAGCUGAGAAGAGUAGAGGCUUGGUUGGGAAAGGGGCAUUUGAGAAAUGGGCCAUCCCUGAGGGGAUGGCCAACAAACUGCUAGAUUGGCAUCUCUCCCGGCCUCUAAGGGCUGCAGUUAAUUGAAAUUAAAUGGAGCAAAUCGCAGUUGCUCUUGGUUUCUUCUUUUUUUAUUGGGAAACAGUCCACAGAGAUGUCCUGCUCCGUGUCAGCCGAGCAGUAUUCCUUGUGAAGGGUACGGGCCCCAGCUUGCCGUGCUUGGCCAGAUUAAAUGAGAACAGGAGGCGUUUGGAGCACGCUGGGACCGGUGCCCUGCGGGGCCUGUGGGAAGUUUGUGAGUUAUCGUAGAUGUUGUCUAGUAAUAGGAAUUGAGCAAGGCCUGAGGGAGGCACCACAGAAACCUGGAAAGUUGUGUCCCCCCCACGGCGCCCGUUGCGCACCCGUAGUUGCCUAGGAGCAUGCUUAGCCCUGUGCUGAAUGACGAAGCAGUGUCUGUGUAGAAGUAGUUAUAACCUUACAGGAGUGUUGAUGGAUUUGCGUUUUGUUGUUGGUUUUUUUGCCCUCUUUGCCGCUGUAAGUUAGGCAAAGUCAGCAGUAAUCCUGGGAACGUUUCACAGGUCUGCAGAAACUCCGGUACGUAGCAAGCACUGGCUGCCCAGUACCGCCCUCUCCGCACCCAGCCGGACCUCGGCAGACCUGUGGAAAGGCAGCGCGGCUCCUCGGGGCCUGCCUCUCCUUUCACUCACCUGGUGACCACGAGAGGAGCCCACAGUUCCACGCACUGCCUGCAAGCCGGGGCAGGGUUAGGUCUGGCACCUUGGGAAUCCGCUGGAGUGGAGAACCGCUGGUGACUCUGUGCUGGAUUGUGUCUAGGCAAAGCCCUUCCCUCUCCCAGGGGUGAUGAGGAAACAUUGAGAUUUCCAGACCUUCAUAGCCAGGGAAGGGCUUUUCUGUUUUGGGGUUGAUUUUUUUUUUUUUUUUUGUUGCCUUUUUUUUUUUUGCAUGAAGUGUUCUCACAACUGUAUGGGACUGGAGCUACUGUAGUACUAUUUGUUUCAGGGUAUUUAAGAAGGGAAGGAAGUAACUGGGUGGCAAAAACUUCUAGGGACUUGUUUACCACCCCAUGCCAGUGUUCAUAUUUUAAUCCUACAGGAGCCUUCUUUUGAAAUAGAGAUCAGCUCCAAGAAAGGUGUGUUUGGUUUGCAUCUCUGUCACUGUAAU